AUGAGACUCUGCCGCCCCAAGAGCAACAGAGGACAACAGAGCGCCGCGAUGGGCAUCGAGAGGUACGCGGGACGCGUCGCCAUGGUGACGGGCGCCAGCUCCGGCAUAGGAGCGGCCAUCACGCAGGCGCUGCUCAGGAAGGGACUCAACGUCGUAGGGCUAGCCAGGAGGGUCGACAGGGUCAAGGCCCUCGCGUUGAAGGACGCCCCUGGCAAGCUUCACGCUAUUCAGUGUGACGUCAGCAAUGAGGAAAGCAUCCUGGCGGCAUUCAAAUGGGUUAAAGAGAACUUGAAAGGUGUCGAUAUCUUGAUUAACAACGCUGGUGUUGGCAAUGACGCUGAUCUGAUUUCUGGUAAAACAGAAGACUGGAAGCGCAUUCUGGACGUAAACGUGCUUGGCUUGAGCAUCUGUACCAGGGAGGCCGUGCAGGACAUGCUGAACAGGGGCGUCGACGACGGCGUCAUUAUUCACAUCAGCAGUGAUCUGGGCCACAUGUCGCCUCCCGCCGGCAACAUCGCAAUGUACACUGCGAGCAAGCACAUGGUCAAGACGCUGCUCGACGGACUGCGGAAGGACCUCGCUAAGAAGAAAAGCAAGAUACGCGUUGGGGAAAUUUCUCCGGGACCUGUCAAAACGGAGUUUGCCUCAAACUUCAAACAAUUCAAUCCGGAGAUGUUGAAGCUGAUACCCCUCCAUGAGUCGGAGGACGUAGCGGAGAUCGUCGUCUGCAUGCUCUCUCAGGAUCCGCGAGUCCAGGUUCAUGAUGUCAUCAUGCACCCUACGAGCAGUGCUCACUGA